AGCAGCACUUCUGAUUAAAUACAUGUAUCUCUUGCUUACACCGUUAUCUUCGCUCUUGCGAUAUGUAUAUUUAGGUGCAGGCAUUGUGUUCGCUGUCAGCAUCGGUAUAUAGCAACAAGUAUCAUGCACGUAGAUGACAUUGUUUUACCUAUUCUCGCGUUGAGAAAAAAAAGGUGUAUAAUCGUCUGGCGACUCUCGGAUAUAUAUAGCCCAGCUAAUGUCAUCGAUUAUAAAGCGAUACAAACGACAAUAUGCCAAAACUAUGUUUAGCAUACGAGAUGAUUCACGAUCGAGUUAGACAUAUAUACUCUAUGUACAUAAUGUUAAGGCUAUACAUCGAAUGUUAUGGUAUUGUAAACUGCUGUCUUUUGUUCUCUCUUUAUGCCGAGCAGCAGCGUCUCUCUCGCUCGCACGCACGUCUCUCACGAUGUCUCUCCCUCUCGCUUGUUCCGCGUGAUCUUGACCAGUCUCGACACGCACACUUUGGGCCAAAAUUUGCUGCUCGAGGGGGUGAAGAUCGCGCAUAUAUAUCUUAUAUGUAUAUACGUUUGCUGCUGCCUGCUGCUGCUGGCGCGUGUGCGAGUGCUGCUGCAGGUGAGCGUUUUCUUUUUAUGACAAAAGGAGGCCAGCGGGCCUACUUUACGCUGCUGCUGCUGCUGCUGCUCCUCCUACUCCUCCUCCUGCUCCGCGAGUCCUGCUGCACUCUGAUAAAUUAACGCACAGCCGCACCGCAGCCAGAUAUAUAUACAGCAUACAGCACAUAGAUCCCGUAUCGAUAGAUCGACGCGGAUUGUUUUGGAGAUAAAAGGCAGUUGAUGCAAUUGUAUCCUGAAUUCGCGACUGAUAUCGUCGUCGUCGUCGUCGGGGCGCCUUCCAUCGACAUCGACCAAGACAUUUAUUUAUACGCACUUAUACGAGCAAGCUCAUUCUAUAUCACGACGCCGCGAUCGUCGAUCGAUAGGCACUCGACAACGGAUCAAGACGAUCGACGCAUUUUUGACAGAGAGGACACAGCGAUUUUGACGUUGACGAGUAUAUAUUUUUGUUACAUCGUCGCGAGUCGCAACGACUGCUGCUGCUGCUGCUGCUGCUGCUCUUCGAGAAGAAAGCGCCGCGCAACACCAACAGCAAGAGAGCGAGAGAGAGAGAGAGAGAGUGUACACAAAGACUGAUUAUAUACGUAACGCUGCGACGUUUGUAUAUUAGUGACUCCGUUUUUCUACUUAAAGUGUUUAUACCACAAAAAAUUACGCGUGUGCCUUUGUUAAUAAAAUUGUUGAUGAGAAACGACGAAUGUUUCAGUCCGGAGUUUUAUGGGAUUAGAUAUUCAAAUGGAUACUAGCAGUGAUUAUGAACAUGAAUUUGUUGAGCAUCCGAGAUGCAUCGUUCAUCUCGAUGUUGACUGUUUUUAUGCACAAGUCGAAAUGAUAUCGCAUCCUGAACACAAAGGAAAGCCAUUGGGUGUGCAGCAAAAGAACCUCGUGGUUACCAGUAACUAUGAAGCAAGAGCUUUCGGAGUCAGGAAAUGCAUGCCAGUCGAUGAGGCACUGCAAUUAUGUCCAAGUUUAAUUUUAGUCAGAGGUGAAGACUUGACACCAUAUAGACGUAUGUCAGCUAAAAUUGCUGAACUCUUGCACCAGUUUACACCGUCAGUAGAAAAACUAGGACUCGAUGAAAACUACAUUGAUGUGACAUCUAUUAUUGAUGGUUAUAAUGUACAUAAUGUUAAUAAUGAAAAAAACUUUGAACUCGAUGAUGAUUCUUCUGUCAAAGAAUGUAUAACUAGUAUGUGUGAAUUAGAAAAUGCCGAAAAAAUAACACCAGUUGGUGAAAUUUUCAGUGAUACAGAAGAAGAAUGCCCUUGCAGAUGUCAUAAACGUUUAGCGGUGGCAAGCAUAAUUGCCAAGGAUAUGAGAUAUAAAAUUUACAGUGAAUUAGGGCUGACUUGCAGUGCCGGUAUAGCUCACAAUAAAUUAUUAGCAAAAUUAGCUGGAGCUUUACACAAACCAAAUCAACAAACUUUAGUUUAUCCAUUUUCUGCAGCGGAAUUAGUUUCUUCCUUAGGUUCAGUUUCAAAAAUUCCAGGUGUUGGGCGUAGAACAGCUGAGUCUUUAACAGCGAAUAAUAUUAAAACAGUUGAAGAUGUACGUAAAAUACCUUUAGAUAGGCUACAAGUUAAAAUUGGAAAAGAUUUAGCAAGAAAAAUUAAAGACUAUGCUGAAGGUAUUGACGAUACACCAGUCAAGCCAACAGGAAAACCUCAAUCUAUUGGUCUAGAAGAUGGAUUUAAAAAAGUUUCAUUAGUUGACGAAGUUGAGUCUCGAUUAAGUGCAUUACUACGAAGACUCACAGAAUUAGCAGCUGAAGAUGGCAGAAUACCAGUUUGUAUAAAAUUGACUGUGAGAAAAAAUGAUAGAAAUCAGGAAAAACCUAGCUCUUCUUCGGGUAAACGAGAAAGUAGACAAUGCACAAUUCCACAGCAUCUAGUUCCUCAAAAUAAAGGGGCUAAAGGGGCUAAUCUUUUAUUUGAUCACAAAAAAAUUCUAUCCCUGGUUAUGAAACUAUUUCAUCGAGUUGUUAACGUGUCUAAGCCUUUUCAUUUAACACUACUAGGCUUAGCAUUCACUAAAUUUCAAGAAGAAAAAGCUUCAGGAAAAAAUAGUAUUGCAUCAUUUUUGAGAAAGCAAGUAGCAGUUCAAUCGGUUAUGGACAUAAGCUCAGAAGAAGGUUUCUCAGAUGUAAGCUUAGGUUCUCCUAUGAGCAUCAAUUUGCAAGAUGAAGAUGACAGCUAUGAAGAAUUAAGAGAAAAUAAAGACUUGGGAAAUAAAGUACAAUUUCAGUCAUACUCGUGUCAUCGUGUUAGAAGUUUAGAUAGAGCAACACCAAGCCCUAUUGAUAUUCGUUGUAGCGGGGAUGAUGAUGAUGAUCUUUUAAGUGAAAUGGAACCAUCUCCAAAAAAAACAAAACUGGAAGUGUGGUUGAGUGGAAGACGAGAAUCUCCUAGUAUUGAAAUGGCUGAUUUAAAAUUAAAUACUCCAUCAUCAUCCCCAAUAUCAAAAAAUUUAUUACCAAGUGGACCAACAAACUUUAAAUCAACAAUACCUAUAGAUCUUGACAAGCAGAUGAAUCAUUCCUGGUCCACAAACACAAGUGGAAAAAAAUCAAAUGAAUUGUAUAAAUUCUUUAUAGCUAACAAAUAACUGCUAAUAUUGUAACAUCGAGACGAUUUUUUUUUUUUUUUGGAAAC